UGUAGCAUUUUAGACUUUCAUUUUUUAAAAUUAUCCUCUCUAUUUUUUUUUCUUUCUUCCACGGCCCAGCUCCUCUAGCACUGCCCUUUCUCGUUCUAUGGAGCAAUUUCUUCUUUCUUAGACGGUCCAGCGACGCACAGACGCCGUUCUUCCUCUCCCGAUCCGCGUUCCAGGCACUUCCCCAGCGGCUUUUCUUCUUCCAACUCCCGGUAUUAUUGAUUGGAAGCAGAUAUUAGAUGAUGGCCAAAGAAGACAAUCAGUCUCGAAGAGAACGCAGGAAGGAAGCUCGGUUAUCAAAGAACAAGAAGAAAUUUGAUUCGUGGCUCCAACAUCAUAAAAAAUCAUUGAAACAUGAAAAGAUUGAACAGGGGUUGAUUGUCCCAAAGAAUAGUAUGGAUUUGCUCAAGGACUUUGAUAUUGGACCAGGAUAUGACAUUGAUUCUUCCCCUGCAGUGGAAAGCUCUAAGGCUCAAAAAAACAAACUAAAAAGGAAAUGUGACUUAUUAAGUUCAAACACAAAUGUCAAUGAAUGUGUGGCAAUGAAUAUGAAGGGAGGGGUUACUUUUGCAGAAGAUCAUAUGGUAUCAAAAAGGACAUUUGAAAAGAAACCCAAAAAGAAGCGUGUCAAAAUGGGUAGUGGUGGUGAUAUUAGUGUAGCCGGUCAAAUAGAAGAGUUUCCAAAGGGUACAAAGAGUCACUCUUCAGGCAAGAUAGGCACAAAGAAGAAACAAUCUUCAGAUGCGAAUGUAGUGGAUGAACUACCUGGCAGAAGGGUUAAAAAAUCUGUUCCUCUGCCGUCAAAGGAGUUAGCUAAGAAAAAUAGAAAUAAAACAAGGUUUGAAGAGUUGUUUGAUUCUGAAAAUGGUGUUAUUCCAGCUGAAGAGGAUCUGGAUUUGGAAAAAAAGCUUGCGAAGAAACUGAAGGUGAAGGGAGGGAAAUUAAAAGGAGAUGAUGACGGCAUUAAUAUGUUAUUUGAUGAUAUUCCUUCUGUUCUUGACCUGAUUGAGGAUGAAAAGCUCCAAAGUGCAGAAAAAAGUGAUAUGAAGAUCCUAGACAAAACGUUGCAUAAAAAAUCUAAAAACUUGAAGUCAAUCAAACAAAAGCAGUUCAUAGAAGGAGAGCAAGAGCAGGAUCAACAGUUUGUAAAUCCAACUGACAGAGCUUAUGAAGCAUCUUCCCCACCAGUAACUUCUGGUACUAAUGUGGAACCGGGAAAACUGUCUGCUCAGUCUGCACUUGUAGGAAACAUGAAAUAUAUUGCUCCUCACAAAAGAUUUCAAAUGGGAAGCGAAUCACAAGACAGUGCUCAAAUUCGCAAACAAGUCCGAGGUCUCUUGAAUAGGCUAUCAGAAUCAAAUGUGGAAUCAAUCACAGGUGAAGUGUCUACAAUCGUCCAUACCGCUGGUCGCUCUCUUUGUUCAUCCAUUAUAUCUGAAGAGGUUUUGGCUUCAUGUUCGGGAGGUCCACGUGGCAAUGAACAAUAUGCAGCAGUCUUUGCAGCUUUUGUCGCUGGCAUGUCUUGCUUAGUUGGUAUUGACUUUGGUGCCAAGAUUCUAGCUUCACUGGCAAAAACAUUUGAGGAAGAGUACUUAAAAGAGGACAUGUCAUUGAGGAAUCUGACUCUUCUGCUUUCAUACUUAUACAUAUUUGGAGUUUUCUCUAGUGAUUUAAUAUAUGAUUUCUUGGUAAUGCUGAGUAAGAGAUUGACAGAGGCCGAUGUUGCUACAAUUUUGUCUGUCCUACAAUGCUGUGGGAUGAAAUUGAGAGGGGAUGAUCCUAUUGCUAUGAAGAAUUUUAUAAUGAGCAUUCAGAACAGGGUUAAUGAAUUGAAGACCUUGCCUACAGAUGCACAAUCAAAUCAUAACAGCAAAAGGAUGGAAUUCAUGCUUCAGACAAUAUGUGAAAUAAAAAACAACAAAAAGAAGCCCAAGGAGGAAACUGUGCAGCUUACUCGAAUAAAAAAAUGGCUACAGAAGCUGAGAGUGGAUGAUAUUAUACUCCGGGGAUUAAAGUGGUGCAAGCUUAUAGAUCCAGACAAGAGAGGUCAGUGGUGGUUGUCUGGGGAUGUGAAUGUAAAUUCUGUUCAAAAUAAUGUUAGGGAGGUUGCAAAAACAAUUGACAUGGAGGUCCUUGAGGCUCAAAGAAUGCUAGAGCUUGCUGCCGGACAGAGGAUGAACACAGAUGCAAGAAGAGCAAUUUUCUGUGUAAUAAUGAGUGGAGAGGAUUACAUUGAUGCAUUUGAGAAGCUUCUAAGAUUGGAUUUGCCUGGGAAGCAGGAUAGGGAGAUCAUGCGUGUUCUUGUGGAGUGCUGCUUGCAGGAGAAAGUGUUCAAUAAGUACUACUGUGCAUUAGCCUCUAAGUUAUGCAGCCACGAUAAAAACCACAAGUUCACUCUGCAGUAUUGCCUUUGGGACCAUUUCAAGGAACUGGAAUCAAUGCAGCUGAUGAGAUCGAUGCACCUCUCAAGAUUCAUUGCAGAGAUGCUUUCCUCUUUUACCCUUUCGCUUUCAGUCCUAAAGGCAGUUGAUUUUGGUGAUAUUACGCAAUUAACCCCGAAAAAGAUCAUGCACUUCCGGAUGCUUUUUGAAGCCAUAUUUGAGUUCCCGGAGGAACGUGUAUGGAACAUAUUCACCCGGAUAGCCAUGCCGGAGUAUGAGACGCUUUGUAAUGGGAUUGCCAUAUUUAUAAGGGAGUAUGUUGCAAGUGGUGGUCAGAAGAAGUCUUUGGCUGGUAAAUUCAAGAUUGCCAAGAAGGCCAUGAACAAUGUUGAAGGGGUAUUGAUGUGAGACUUGGUUUUGGUGCUUCUUUUUGUAGGGUGAGAUGAUAAAUAUUUAAUACCAAGUUGCUUAGGUUUUUUUCCCUAAUGCUACACAACAACUUUGAGGUUUUUACUUGUUUUUUGUGUUCAAGGAUUUUGUGCAUUGUCCUAGUGAAUACAACUAUGUUUUAUGGAGUAUCUAAUAUAAGGUACUUAAGGGA